AUGGACAAACUCGCCUCGAAGCUUACUGGCCACAAGCACGGUGGUGGUACCAGCGGCAGUGCCAACAACGAGGACUAUGUUGACAAGGGCCUCGAUUCUGUCGAAAAGAAGCACGGUCACGGCAUGGUCAACCCUCAGGACCCUAAGAUGCGGCAGACAAACGAAAAGUUCACGGAUGCUGCGCGGAAUAAGUUCGAGAGUGCUACUGGCAAACAUGUCCCUUCAAAGAUCUCCAACUAG